AUUUCGUUCCUUGCUGUGUUUUAAGCAUAGACACUGCGGGCGGAGGAGAGUGUUCACAAUGUGGCUCUAACAGCAGUAAUACUUUUUUCUUUUCUGUAGGCUGUUAGGGUUAUAUAACGUAUUUCUAUAAUAUUAUACUGAAGACAGACAGUUCAGUGGUCUGAAAACUGAGAAUUCCACAUUUAACGCGAAGGCUAGCUCAUAAGCUACUAGCUAACUUUUAACGUUAGCUAUGGAGGAGAGGAAAGAGGAGGGAGAAGCGGAGAUCCAGGAGCACGGCCCCGAACACUGGUUCUCCAAAUGGGAACGGCAGUGCUUGGCGGAAGCAGAGCAAAAUGAUCCAAACGAAGAGGAGACCGAACAAAGUCAGCAGAAGCUGUGGCACCUCUUUCAGAACUCAGCCACUGCGGUGGCACAGCUCUACAAAGAUCGAGUAUGUCAGCAGCAAGGCCUCUCUCUCUGGGUGCCCUUCCAGAAUGCGGCCACAGCUGUCACCAAUCUGUAUAAAGAGAGUAUGGAGGCCCGUCAGCGGAGCUAUGACCUCGGCAUCCACUUAGGCCACCAGCGCAGAAAUAAGGAGGUGAUUGCAUGGGUGAAGAAGCGCAGAAGAACUAUCAGGCGAGAAGACCUCAUCAGCUUCCUAUGUGGCAAAGUUCCACCUCCACGGACAGCUCGCACCCCGCAGAGAGUGUCUACAAGCCGACCAUCGCCUCCAGAGACGGUCAGCUCUGUGGAGACCGACCUGCAGCCUUUCAGAGAGGCCAUUGCACUGCACGGUCUCAGUGGUGCCAUGGCCAGUAUUUCUGUGCGCUCUGGUCCUCCUGGAUCCCCGACUCACCCUGCCCAGUCCCUCAGUCGUCGUAGGAACGGUCUUCAUGAUAUGGACCUCAACACCUUCAUAGCUGAGGAGAUGGCACUCCAUUUAGAUUCCACUGCCAACCGUAAACGAGGCCCCGCCCCCUGUAGUGAUGUCAUCACAGACUCACCCACUCAUAAACGUAACAGGAUGCUCUGAACUUUUCCUACACAACUGAUCCCUCCUCUGUCCUCUCCUUGGUGGCUGACUGGACAGCUGAUGGAGACUAAUGCCUUGGCCAACGAUGGAAAUCUUCCUCCUUAGUUGCAAUGCUACAAAUAAAGAAAAGCGUAACUAUUAUCAGCCUACAUAUUUAGCCUCUCCUUUAUUUUCCCAUCGCCCGUACUUUGUCAACAGGAAAUGUGUUGUUGUCACACAUCUUCAACACGGCAGAGUUCUGUUUUUUUCCCCAGCAAAUUUACUUUUCUGUUUGUUUGUUUGCCCUCAGCGCAUCUGAUACUGAAGCACUUGAAAUCCAUAAAUUUCAGAAUGUUGCAUUGAAACCUUGUUUGGACGGGCUUCUUUGUGCUUCACAUUUGAUAGUCAGAUAAACCCGAUUGUUGCCUACUGUUUGCAGUUCUCUUUCUCUCUCUCUUCAAGCGUACUUCUUUCUCUGUGGAGUGCUGGCCAAACCAGACUGGACUAAACACCGGGCUCCUUGGGAGGCCGACCCGCCUCCCUGCUGUGUGGCUCGACUCAAAAGCGCUUGUCAGUAUGUGUGUCAUUCUGCUGCUGCUCUGUGUGUUUGCGUAUCUGAUGGCAGAACUGCCACUUACUGUGUUGUACUUGUCUUCACCUUUGAGAAAGCUGCUACACUAUCUCUGGUCCUUGUGCAACAGUGAGUGUGUGUGUGUCUGUGGAUGCAGGGUUCUGGAAAAUCUGGCAUCCUCUUGACCGUAUUAUUUCUUCUUUUACUUAAAUUCAUCCCCUUUCUAUUUUCCUUAGUUGCUCUUCGCUGCCCAAACCAGGGUUUUAUCACAAAGCAGGUCAGUCCGAUUCACUGGGAUGAGUGGGGCGACGGGAUGGAAAAUAGACAUGGAUUCUAAGCAAAGCUUUCUCUGAACGAGUACCUUUGUCCUGCAUUCUCAUUUGCAAUUUUAUAGCCACACUGUUACCUAUUGUCAAGUUUACAAACAUACAAAUGCGCACAGUUUCCACAUCACCAUCCAUACACACUUUGAGUGACUGCUUAUUUCUUUCUUGCAUUACAGGCAGUAACAGUGUUUCAGAGCUUUUUGCUUUUUAAACUCUAUGUUUGCAUUUGACCUAUUAAUAUGAGACUGUUGCAUUGCAUCUUUUUGCCUCUUGAUUUUUAAGAUUUACAACAAUUCUACACUCGUGAUCUCAGCUUUAAACCUAGAAAAUUACAAGGGGCAGUUACCUGUGUACUGAUAGAGGCCGAUGGCUGUGAUGUUUUAUUUUAUUUAACUAGCUCACGGACUAUUGGGUGUGUUGGUACAGCAGAACACUUGUUUUUGCUCGUUUCACACACUGCUUUGUGAUACAAUCUUGUGUAAUGUGUGUAAAUAACAUGUAGGUGCUGUUAUAUGUAGUACAUACUGUAAAAAAGUCCAAAAUCCAUUGGGAUGUCCAUGUACAAUAAUGGUUCUGACAAUAAAGAAAGUACAAAUGUUUGA